CCUGUGGUCGUCUUGGCUGGAGCUUGCAUCUUGGCAAUGUCUGUUGCUGCUUUUCUUUUGAACAAACCGAGUAGGGCGUAUCAAGCUGGAGAGAAUACCGUCGGGAAGGAGUACGAUGCUUGGACCGAGGAGGGGAUCUUGGAGUACUACUGGGGUGAGCACAUUCAUCUCGGCUUUUACAACAAAUCAGACAUUCAGAACAUCAAAAACCCUAUCAAGAGCUCGGCUGUGUUUAAGGAGACCAAGUACAAGUUCAUAGAUGAGAUGUACAAGUGGAGUGGAGCUGAAGCUGGUGGCAACAAGCCCUUGAAGGUGCUCGACGUUGGGUGCGGCAUCGGAGGAACCUCAAGAUAUCUCGCAAAGAAACUGGGAGGAGACACCAAAGUCACGGGAAUCACUCUGUCCCCCAAUCAGGUUCAACGAGCUACCGAGCUUGCCAAGGAGAAGGGCCUUGACAACGUUGAGUUCAAAGUGAUGGAUGCUCUCAAGAUGGAGUUUCCUGACAACACUUUCGACCUUGUGUGGGGAUGUGAAUCUGGUGAACACAUGCCGGACAAGUACAAGUACGUCGAGGAGAUGACGAGGGUGCUGAAGCCCGGCGGGACUCUUGUGAUAGCGACCUGGUGCCAACGUGAAACUCCUCCAGAGUUCACUGAGAGUGAAAAGGACAAGUUGAAAUUCCUGUAUGAGGAGUGGGCGCAUCCAUACUUCAUCUCUAUCGAGGAGUACGAGAGGCACUGCAAGAAGACCGGCAAGCUUGAGGCCAUCAGCGGCGCAAACUGGGUCAAGGAGACCAUCCAUGCUUGGCGGCACUCAAUCUGGGUUGGCAUCUGGGACCCCUGGAUUGUCAUCUGGAAGGGUUUCACCAGCAAAGUUGGGCCCUGGAUCUGGUGGAAGGUGAUCCGUGAGAUCGUGACUCUUGAGAGAAUGCACAGAGCCUUUGACAGCGGCUUGAUGACCUACGGCAUGAUCAGGGCAAAGAAACAGCAGGCCUGAGUUAUGGACAUGCGGGGCGAGAGGGAUUCAGAAGAGAUGAGAGGUAUGGUGUGACAAGGAGGACAGCCUUGCCUGCCCACAGGAUAUGUCGCAGCAAACAGAGAACUCGGUUGUUGUUAGCCCUGCUGGAUCAGAGUGUCGCUCCUUUGAUCGCUUCUACUUCCAUAACUCAUCACAAUCCCACCAGCUCCUUUGACUUAGCUCUUUUAUGAAAGUAAAUGUGACAACCUC